AUGUUCCAGGAUAUGUUCUGGUCGAGCGAUCUAGCAGCUUCUGUGAGUAAACUAGAUGAGUUAUUGAAGAAUAAUACCGCAACAUUAGCAAAUGUGUUGGAAGAUGAUUAUGCGAUACAAGAAAUUCGCAAUGGCAACCAUCAGCUUAUUAAUUUUUUAACAAGACAAGAAGUAAUAGCACAAAUGAUCAAAGGUGCAUUAGAGCCAGAAAUCGAUGAAAGCUUACCACUGAAAGAACAGUACAAAAAAGCUCACUUGUGCGCCGAGAUCUUAUCGAUAAAUAAUGAAGAGCUUAGUAGGGCAGUUAUUAUUAACGAAGAGGCAUGCAAUUUACUUUUUGAUUUCCUGGAUAGCAGGAAGUUAAACCAUGUCAUUGUCAAUUUUUAUAUGAAAAUAUUCUCACAAAUUAUUAGUAGAUUCCCUGAUCAGGUAUUUCCCCGCAUGAAGGAAAGUCAAUUUUUGAUUCAUUGUAUGAGAAAUAUGAAUCAUUCGGCUGUUAUGGAAUUGUUGUACCGUAUCGUUAGUGGCCUAUCAAAUGUCGAGGAACAGGAUCAUAUUAAGCAGUGGUGUGCGGAAAAUCGAAUGGUAGAAAAUCUCUGCGAUCUUCUUGUUCCUGAACAACUACCUGUUGUUCAUGAUAACGUUGGUCAUUUAUGGAGCGAACUGGUGCGUAUGUUACGUGAUAUGCAAUAUACCGCAGAAUGCAAGCGGAAUGAUUCUUUGUUGGAGAGUUUGCAGUCGGAACGGAAUGUGCGGCAUUUAAUGAGUCGUAUGUUACCUGACAAUGUGGAGCAGCGCCGUGAUUCUGUUAUUGUCAAUGCUGCUGCUAUUUUUAUUACCCUUUUGGAAACUAAUUUUAUCCCUAAUUGUCCCAGUCAUCAGUUGGGGAUGGAAGAUCGUGGUAUUCAAGCUCAAUGGUAUGGUGGUGUUCCAGUUGCGGAAAACGAAUUAAACGGUACCACGGUUUGGCAGCCUGAUGCAGGUCACGUAGUUGAGACAAUCGUUGCUGCCUCAGCUGAUCGGAUUGUCAGUGCAGUAAUUGAUUCUCUUAAGAUAGGAGAUGGCAAUAUAAAGAUAUGCAGCGAUGCAUGGUGUCCACUAAUGCGAUUGUUGGUGUUAGUGCUGGAUACAAAUCAUAUGGCAACACAUCAAGCUAUUUUGGCAGCAUUUUCAUCUUUCUCAAGGAGCCCAUUCAAACUGUUCCUCACUUAUAUCAACACUCAUCCUCAGCUUACACUUUUUCAGAACCUUUUACAUCGAGCUGUUGCUUAUAUUCUUUAUACACUAUCGCCUUCUCCCUCACCACUUAUACAGUAUUUAAUUAAAGAUGUGGAUAUAUUAGGGCAUAUACUGGCUGGUUAUGAGACAUCACGAGACGAUUUUCUUCAAGGAUCUUCAAAAAGAAUGCUGCAUGGUUUUUAUAUGAAUCUUGCAUUGUUAAUCAAAUGUGCUUCUGAAUCCUCAUGCAACGCUGGGUGCAUAACGCAGUUAAUUCAAGAAUCUGAUCAAGCUGAUUACUGGGAAGCUUUCUCAGAGCAAAUAAAAGAAUAUGAAGAAAAAAAUCGUGGUGACGACACAGGUAUUACUCCUCCACCGGCGAGUAAUAUCGUUGAUACGGCGAAGAUUGAUGCAUGCGAUGUCCCUGAACCUAUGGUCAGUGGUGCUGCAGAGUUAAUGGAUGAGUAUGAACAGUAUUUAAUACCUCGAUCGUUAGCAGAGGAUGUUGCAAUAUCAUUCCCAUGCUCUUCUCAUAACACUGAUUACGAGAUCACUGAUUUCACUUCGGAUUACGGCAUUGCAAAAGAUUUUGCUAGCAUUGGGAACGAAGAUGUGUUUGAUACAAUGUGUGCAUUAAAGAUCGAUACAGAUAUGGAGUCAGAAGACGGAUGGCUAAGGACAAGCAAUUCCAAAGAAGUAGAUAACAAGACAGCUAGCGAUAACAGAGAGGAAUCAGGAUCGAAACUUUCCGUAUUUCGGGAUAGUAUUGCUCCUAUGCUUAAUUCCAAUAAAGUUGCUGCCAACGAUAUUUCUGAGGAAAAUGAAAGAGAUACAUCAAAAGCGAAUGUAACGAAGGAAGAGAAGAAAAUAUCAAAAUGUGUCAUAGAAGAUAAAUGGCCACAAGCUUCGUCAAUGUCCUCCAUGGAUUUCGGCAACUGGGCUGAUUUCACAUCCAUGAAGCCUGACGAUUGGCCUCCACCACAUUCUCAAUCCGAGGAUGACGCAUGGAAUGAGACUGGUGAAGACAUAUUUCUCAGUCCUGCAGUAGCGGCACUUAGUGGUGGCAUCGCAUCUGUAAUUAUGGCAGGAAAUAUGAAAGGAUCCGAUUCAAACAGUUCAGAAUAA